AUGGCCGUCGUCUACGAGGGACAACUCAAGGGGCACCGCGGUUGGGUAACCGCCCUGGCCUGUCCACAGAUCACCGAGACGUACAUCAAGGCGGUGUCUACCUCCCGCGACAACACACUCAUCGCAUGGGGCAGCAACAUGGACCGCAACAGCGAGGAGUGCGAAUACGGCUUCCCGGAGCGCCGGCUGGAGGGACACAGCGCGUUUGUGUCGGACGUUGCCCUGUCGAACAACGGUGAUUUCGCCGUGUCCGCCUCCUGGGACCACUCCCUGCGCCUCUGGAACCUGCAGACCGGUGUGUGUCAGCACAAGUUCCUGGGGCACACCAAGGACGUGCUCUCCGUUACCUUCUCGCCCGACAACCGUCAGAUUGUUUCCGGAGGGCGCGACAACGCUCUGCGCGUGUGGAACGUCAAGGGUGAAUGCCUGCACACACUUGGCCGCGGCGCCCACACAGACUGGGUCAGCUGUGUCCGCUUCUCCCCGUCGCUCGAGACGCCCCUCAUCGUGUCAGGUGGCUGGGACAACCUCGUUAAGGUGUGGGACAUCGCCUCAGGCAGGCUCCUGACGGACCUGAAGGGCCACACAAACUACAUCACCUCCGUGACCGUUUCCCCCGAUGGCUCGCUCUGCGCCUCGUCUGACAAGGACGGCGUUGCACGCCUGUGGGAUCUGACGAAGGGUGAGGCCCUUUCGGAGAUGGCCGCCGGCGCUCCCAUCAACCAGAUCUGCUUCUCGCCCAACCGCUACUGGAUGUGCGCGGCUACGGAGAAGGGAAUCCGCAUCUUUGACCUGGAGAACAAGGACGUCAUUGUGGAGCUGGCGCCGGAGGCACAGCAGAAGAGCAAGAAGACCCCCGAGUGCAUGUCGAUCGCGUGGUCCGCUGACGGCAACACCCUGUACUCGGGAUACACGGACAACGUUAUCCGCGUCUGGAGCGUGUCUGAGCACGCGUAG